GGGACAAUCCCAAGCAAAAAUCGGAUAACACGAAAAACACACACAGCACGAAACAAGACACCAAUUUAACGGACAAAAUCAACCGACUUCCUAAAUCCAACGGCCAUCAUUUCUUCUACAAGCUAUCGCCGGGAAAAUAUAAGCUCUCACAAUCUGCAAAUUUUCAAUUCAAUUUUUUUCCCUUCAAAAUUCCUCUCAAAUGGCACAAAUUUCCUUAAAUUUUCAGUUUAAUACCAAGUAUUUGUACAGACACACUUUCUUCUGCAAUCGUUAUGGUUUUUUACACGAAAAUAAAAACAUUUCUUUGAUCAAUAAAAAUUCCCCUUUUCGUCCACACGCUGUUGUAUUUUCCAAAUCCCUAAAUGGGUUUCAAUUUUUAGCGAAGAAACGUGAAAUCUUAGCCCGAGCUAACGGGUCGUGCGAGCAAGAUUCGGAUUCGACGGAAAAAACCGAAUCCUCAGCUGAAAACAGCAAGAAAAACCCGGGUUCGGAUUCGGGUCCGGGUCGAGUUCCUGGGUCCGGUCCAGGCCGGAAAGACAGUUGGUGGUCGAAGGGAAAGAAGUUGAGGUGGGAGCCGAUAGUACAGGCUCAAGAAAUUGGAGUUUUGUUGUUGCAAUUGGGGAUUGUGAUGUUUGUUAUGAGGUUGCUCCGACCUGGUUUACCGUUACCCGGGUCGGAUCCUAGAGCCCCGACAAGUUUUAUAAGUGUACCUUACAGUGAGUUUUUGAGUAAGGUGAAUAGUAAUCAGGUGCAGAAAGUUGAGGUUGAUGGUGUACAUAUUAUGUUUAAGUUGAAAAGUGAAGUGAGUAGUAGUAGUGUUGUUAUAGAGAAUAAUGAGGAUAGUAAGUUGCAAGAAUCUGAGGCAUUGUUAAGGAGUGUGAGUCCUACAAAGAAAAUUGUGUAUACGACGACGAGACCGAUUGAUAUAAAAACCCCUUAUGAGAAAAUGCUUGAAAAUGAUGUUGAGUUUGGUUCUCCAGAUAAAAGGUCUGGUGGUUUCUUGAAUUCUGCAUUGAUAGCUUUAUUCUAUGUUGCUGUACUAGCAGGGCUUCUUCAUCGCUUCCCAGUAAACUUUUCUCAGAGCACAGCUGGUCAGCUCAGAAAUCGCAAGUCAGGGGGUUCAGGUGGCGCCAAAGUAUCUGAACUUGGGGAAACUAUCACAUUUGCUGAUGUUGCAGGUGUUGACGAGGCUAAGGAGGAGCUAGAAGAGAUUGUGGAAUUUCUUAGGAAUCCAGAUAAGUACAUACGGCUUGGUGCACGUCCUCCUCGUGGUGUUCUACUGGUAGGUCUUCCGGGGACAGGAAAAACACUUCUAGCAAAGGCCGUCGCUGGGGAAGCUGAGGUUCCUUUCAUCAGUUGUUCUGCAAGUGAGUUUGUAGAAUUGUAUGUUGGUAUGGGAGCAUCACGCGUCCGGGACCUGUUUGCACGGGCAAAGAAGGAGGCACCUUCAAUAAUUUUUAUCGAUGAGAUAGAUGCUGUGGCAAAAAGCCGUGAUGGUAAAUUCCGCAUUGUAAGCAAUGAUGAAAGAGAGCAGACACUGAACCAACUACUCACUGUAAGAU